GCUUUUAGUACACAUUUAUUUUUGUUACAAAAAAAGCUUAAUUUUAAGCCAGUUUUUCUCAAUGUUUUUUUUAAAAAUUUCUUUAAAAACGCAAUUUAAACAGAAAUUUAUAAUUAUUAUUAAAUUUCUCAUUUACAGGAAUGCAAAAUUUGUCAAUUUCCUGCUCAUUAGUGUGUCUGAUAAUACUGGGCAGUGCUGCUUUAGUGGGAGCCUUUGGUGUUUGUCAAAGACAAAUAAGCGCCAUAUUGAUAACAGGUGUUAUGUAUUUACUGGCAGCUUUAUUUGCUUUAUUUACUCUAAUGAUAAUACAUUUUAAAAGACAACAAGGUCGUCCCAUGUUGGAUAGUGAUUAUGAUGGUACUGUAGAUGGUAUAGUGGCUAGACCGGGAGGACCAGCAAUAAUGGCUAAACCACUUUUAGGAGCUCGAAUAUUUUUAACUUCUUGGAGUUUAGAUUUAGGUUGGGGUGGUGUAGUCUUAUGUGCUAUAACCUCUGUACUUUGGAUAUUAUUAUCGAAAAUAAUGCGUUUUAAUCCCUUUUCCACUUUAAUGAUUUAGGACAGCAAAUUAAAAACUUUUUAAAACAAAUUAGUAUUAAAAAAAACAAUUUCAUAAUUAACACGGUACCUAACAACAACAACAACAACAAAUACUUAUUGUAAUAUGUACUUUAAUAUAAAACGUAUAUUUUUUUAUUAAACAAAAAUUUUUCCAAUUAAGUUUGUUGCUUAUUUUAGUUUUUUUCUUUUUCUUUUCUGAAACCUAUUCAUAUUAAAGUUUGAAAUAAAAA